AUGAAUAGUGUUAAAGCGCCGUCUAACUGCACAACAGGUCCAUGCAAAACGAAAUCUAACGUUCAUCCCAUGGCUUUGAAACUACCGACGCUUGUUAUCGAGCCGGAGGGAACUUUGAAAAAAGUGCCAUCGAACACAGAUAGUAGGGUGUCUUUUUUUCUGCCUGAUGAACUUCCACCCGAGCCUACUAGUUCUGCUUCACUUGCGCCGCCACAACAUUACGGCUCAUCUCGUGGAUCGAUAUUCGAAUCCACAAGUCGUCUCAAAAAACGGGCAUCACAUAUAAUAUUGGAAGUUCCGGUGGCUCAGUUGAAAAAAAUCAAUGAAACUGAAGGAGUUGGAUCGAUUAAGAGGGAAUCGAAGCAUUUUUGCGACAAUACUACAUUGCAUGGUCCUAAGCGUGUGUACUAUGGCAAAAAGUUCUCAUUUGUGUUCUGGAUCGUAAUGUUGAUGGUCUCAUUAGUGUUAUUAACACUGCAAGUCGUUACGCUAAUAUCCAUGUACGUUAGCCAUCCUACCGUAUCUCAGGUUUCAUUUCUAAUCAAAGACGAUGGAAUUGAGUUCCCGUUGGUUACAUUAUGCAACUUCAAUCCAAUAAAAAAGAGCUACAUAAGACAUAUAAACAAGACUCAUGAUUUCUCCGACGAUCUUCUUGAUUAUCUUAUGGAGUUCUUGAUUGAUGCCAACACACUGUACGGUACAGCUGAUAGGGCGAAUUUGCAUGUGGGUGAAAAAGCUCUCGAAUCGUAUCUGAUGACACAUCCUAACUUUACCGUCCAGGAAUUUUUUAUGGAUGCUGGGUUUGAGUGCGAAGAAUCUAUGAUGCUCUGCUCUUUUGGGGGUCGGCAGUUCAGUUGUUGUCAGUACAUGACAGCAAUGUUGACAAACCUAGGAAAGUGUUACACCUUGGAUCUGCAGAGCUCCGGGAAAGACUGGAUGGAAAAACAGAUGGAAGCCGGUGUAACCGCUGGACUGCAGAUAAUAACAGAUGUGCAUCUUGAGGAGCAGUUUGACGGAACUGGUGACGAUGCCGACCCAAUAUUUUCGGAUGAUUUUGAAAAUGGCUACCGCUACUAUGUGCAUGCUCCUGCGACAGUACCGUACCUUGUGUCUGAAGGUAUCAGUGUUUCUCCAAGUACACGAGUAUAUUCAGCGAUCUCAACGAACAGUUAUAUUCUGCUCUCAGCUGAACGAUGGGGUAACUGCACUUCAAAAUGGCCGCAUGAUUUUGAUUCGCAGCUACCGUAUUCCGCGGUGAAUUGCGAUUCGAUAUGCAAGGCAAAGUUCUUCAAUGCAAAGUGCGGAUGCAGCCCAUUUACCUACGACAUCGAGAAAUCAUUUUCCCUGUGCACUCCCUUUCAGACCGUACGAUGUAUUGAUGACUAUAUAAGAAAAACAGUUAACGGUGUCGCCUAUUACGAUAUUCCGAGAUGCAGUGAGUGUCAGGUUGAAUGUGACAGCGUUGUAUAUCAUGCUUACAACUCAUAUGGUCAUGGAUUCAGCAAUGGUGCCUUGAAAUGGCUGAGUAAGAAGAAUAGUUCUUGGAGCAUACCACACAUGAAAGCAAAUUUCCUCACAAUAAAUGUGUUUUUUCGUGAUAUGUCAUAUACGGAGUAUAUGCAAGUUCAAGGAACUACUCUGACUGAGACUCUUAGUGAUAUUGGUGGAAACAUGGGGCUAUUCCUAGGAAUGAGUGUUAUAACAGUGAUUGAAGUGGUAAUGUAUUUUUCGAAGAUUGGUUGGAUCACGAUUUCUAAGAAGAGAAGGAAUUAUAUGUACCAAAAAAAGGCUAAUGAGAAGGAACAUGAGAAACAACUGGAGGAAACAGUAAAUGGAUUCAGAUUAUUCCGAUCUCGCAAGUAUGCAAACGACAUGAGCCAUACAAGAGCUCGAAUUCGAGCGUUGACCGAUAAAGUGUCAUCUGAGAACGAUGCAGAGAGCAAAUCAACUUCAGAGAGGGAAAGCGAUGCGACGGAUCGAAGGUCACGAUUUUUCAAUGAAAACACUGAAUCAUACUACAGCGACAAUCCAGAAAGGAAUCGAAACAGCGUUGUAGAGCUAAAGAUCAAUCUGCGGGAUCUGGAACAUGUGAACAACGGAUAUAUGCAGGUCAAUUCUUGCGCAAAUAUUAGGACACCCUACACAUUCUUCUACUCGGGGAAGAAGAAACUUGUCUACUCGCGAAAAGCCAUCUUCAAGCACUUCACGAUCACUGCUACAUUAGAGAGGACCAAUGAUUCCGAAAGAAACUCGCUCAAAUCAGUUUCGGGACCUUCACUUCCAUGGUCGGAUAAUUUAGUAAAACUUGAGAAAAUGUCGAUUGAAAAAGUCACUAAAGAACAAGAACAGAUACUGAUCCGGAGUAAUAUUCCCCCAAAUAUGUGGCCAUAUGUGAACAUUACUGCCGUUGUUGAACGUUGGGAACGAAAGAGGAACGCUACCGAUGGAGGUGUGAUCUUAGACGAGGAUGUGAAUGAUGAUUUUGAUGAUGAUAACGACGAUCCAUCGCUAAAUAAAAUGCACAACGAUGAUCAAGCAGUUUCUGGUUUAAUGGCAGCAUUUGCGACAAACAAAUUAAAAAAUGUCGGAGAAGCUGAAGAACUUGCCCACAAGCAAUGCAACAAGGACGCUAUGAAUGUGAAACAACAUGCGAUAUGUGUCGUUAGAUUGUUGCAAGCGGAAGAAAAAUAUCAGCAAUGGCUGAAAAAGCUUGAAAAAAAGGCUGGAGAAGAUGGAAAAAUCAGGCUACCAAAGGAAAAUUUGAAUGUGAUUGGGCAGUCGAGACUGCAACGAUUGAAUAGGCUUGAGACGCUUCUUCGAAGCUUCGGUGCUAAAAAUCGUGAAAUUUCAAGACAACGACUCCGUAAUUCCUCUUUAGGAGUGGAAAAACUCAUCAACGGACGUUAUUCAACUGCAAAUAGUUGGGUGGGUGGAUUCAGAAUGCGUGCCAAACGCUCUAUCAGUUCACGUCAACUGUUGAAAGUUAAACCGGUUACAAAAGAUCGAUAUGAUUUGGCAAAUGGUAUAUGA